AUGUCUUCUUCAAACUUGUUAUUUCUCUCUCUGCAGGCUGUACUAAUCAUCACACUCUUCCCCAAACCAAAUUUCACUUCUGCUUCUUUAGAGGAAGCCAAUGCUCUUCUCAAAUGGAAAGCAAGCCUUGAAAUCCCAAAAAACUCCUUGCUCUCUUCAUGGAUUGUCCUCCCUUUGAAUUCCAGUGGAUUGGUUUCAUGCACUUCUUGGUCUGGAGUAGUUUGCAAUGCUGAUGGGAGAAUUCAGAAGUUGAACCUCACAUCAUCUGGACUAAAUGGUACGCUUUAUCGAUUUCCAUUCUCUAUGCUACACAAUCUUACUCAUUUUGAGCUCAGUCUAAACAACUUCUUUGGCCCCAUCCCACCAGAAAUCCAACUUUUGUCCAAAUUGGUAUAUCUUGAUUUUUCAUCCAAUAAGUUUUCAGGAGUAAUCCCACCUGAAAUAGGAAACCUGCACCGGCUAACCUUCUUGGGCCUAUACUCAAACAAUAUCUCUGGUCCCAUUCCUAUUGAACUUGGGAAUUUGAAGUCUCUCACUAAUCUUGAUGUGAGCAUCAAUCAACUUAGUGGUUCUAUUCCUUCAUCAUUAGGUAAUUUGACAUCUUUAAAUGUCCUUUAUUUGUACCAAAAUCAACUCUCUGGUCCCAUUCCUAUUGAACUUGGGAAUGUGAAGUCUCUCACUCAUCUUGCGGUGUACAAAAAACAACUUAGUGGUUGUAUUCCUUCAUCAUUGUGUAAUUUGACAUGUUUGAAUCUCCUUUAUUUGUACCAAAAUCAACUAUCUGGUAAAAUUCCAGUUGAACUUGGGAAUCUGAAGUCUCUCACUGAUCUUCAGUUGAGCAUGAAUCAGCUUAGUGGUUAUAUUCCUUCGUCAUUGGGUAAUAUGACAUCUUCGAAUUUCCUUUAUUUAUGGGAAAAUCAACUCUCUAGUCUCAUUCCUAUUGAACUUGGGAAUUUGAAGUCUCUCACUAAUCUUAGUCUGAGCAACAAUCAACUAAUUGGUUCUAUUCCUUUAUCAUUGGGUAAUUUGAAAUCUUUGAAUGUCCUAUAUUUGAACCAAAAUAAACUCUCUGGUCCUAUUCCCAUUGAACUUGGGAAUUUGAAUUCUCUCACUGAUCUUCAGGUGAGCAACAAUCAGCUUAGUGGUUAUAUUCCUUCAUCAUUGGGAAAUUUGACAUCUUUGAAUGUCCUUUAUUUGUACCAAAAUAAACUCUAUGGUCCUAUUCCUAUUGAACUUGGGAAUUUGAAGUCACUCACUAAGCUUGAGGUGAGCAACACUCAGCUUAGUGGUUAUAUUCCUUCAUCAUUGGGAAAUUUGACAUCUUUGAAUGUCCUUUAUUUGUACCAAAAUAAACUCUCUGAUCCUAUUCCCAUUGAACUUGGGAAUUUGAAGUCUCUCACAGCUCUUGCGGUACACAACAAUCAACUUAAUGGUUCUAUUCCUUCAUCAUUAGGUAAUUUGACAUCUUUGAAUAGACUUUAUUUGUUCCAAAAUCAACUCUCUGGUCCCAUUCCUGUUGAACUUGGGAAUUUGAAGUCUCUCACAGAUCUUGUGGUAUACAACAAUCAACUUACUGGUUCUAUUCCUUCAUCAUUGGGUAAUUUGACAUCUUUGAAUCUCCUUUAUUUGUACCAAAAUCAACUCUCUGGUCCUAUUCCUGUUGAACUUGGGAAUAUGAAGUCUCUCACUCAUCUUGAGGUGGGCAUCAAUCAGCUUAGUGGUUGUAUUCCUUCAUCACUAGCAAACCUGAGCAACUUACAGUGGCUGGACUUAACUGAGAACAAAUUAUCUGGUCCCAUUCCUAGUGAAGUAGGGAAGUUGAAGUCUCUCACUCAUCUUUACGUGAGCAGAAAUCAGCUUUGUGGUUUUAUUCCUUCAUCAGUUGGUGAUUUGACUUCUUUAAAUAUCCUUUAUAUGGAUCACAAUGAGCUUGGUGGUCCCAUUCCAAGUGAAGUUGGGAAAUUGAGGUCUCUAACUGAUUUUAAGUUGAACAAAAAUAAAAUUAGUGGUUCUAUUCCUCCAGAGUUUGGAAAAUUAACUAACCUACAAAGACUUGAUCCGUCUUCGAAUCAUUUGGUUGGUGAGAUCCCAAAGGAGUUUGGGAAGAUGAAAAGUAUGUUGGAAUUGUACUUUGUUGGCAACCAUCUUUCAGGUGUUAUACCUGUAGAUCUAGGAUUUUGUGAACUCCUUGAAGUACUUGAUCUAUCCAAAAAUAGAUUGAAUGGGUCGAUUCCAACAAGUAUCGGUCAAUGGGCACAAAUCCACUACUUGAAUCUUAGUAAUAACAUGCUCCGUGAGAAAAUUCCAUCCGAUAUUGGUAAAUUAAUUCAUCUUACGGAACUUGAUUUAUCUCAUAAUUUUCUCACGAAAGAGAUACCAUCUGAAGUUCAAAGUUUCCUUUCCGGCUUCUAG